AAGUGUGAAGAAGAACAAAGCGAUUGUUAGUGCAAAUCCAAUGAAACAUAAAAAAAGCAUCAAGAACCCAAAAUAUAUAAUCUAAGACAAAUCCUAUAAAAUACAAUGUGCUAGUAACUGUUUAAGUAUGGCUGUAUAUACAUAGGUUGUAUUACAUAAAGUGACGUUAAGUGCAAGAGUAUCUGUACUUAAGGAGACACUGACAGGAAAUGAUAAAGUUAAUAAGAGACCCUUGGCAAGAGGAACUCUUCUAGGUAGCAGCCGGACACAUGAAAACACAGUGGGACAGUGACUGUGUCAGUGUAGGUAUGAUGUAUUGAGUAUAAGCAUAAAGGGCAGUACAUGGUGGGGGGCGGGAAGUGUGCUGAGGGGCUGUGGAGAGGAGUGGUUGAUGUGGAUGUAGUGGUGGUGGUGGGGGGGGGUUAACGGGUGGAGGUGUUGAUCAGCCAGAUGGCUUUUACAUUUUGUUCCACAACUACUACCCGACCUGCUGAGUAUUUUCAAACAUUUUCUGUUUGUUUAAUUUCAGAUGUAUUUCAUUAUUCCUCCAUAUCACACUGAGUGGAUCUAUAAACAAUUUUUUUCUCUUCUGAAUUUUUUUUUUAAAACCUCAUAAAAGAGAUCUUUUGUUUCAAACAGGUGCGGAAUAAAUUUAUCUCUAUUGUAUCCUAAGUCAAUCUAGUUAAAACUUCCUCUAUAUUACUCACAGCAGUUGCUUUCCGGUACCAUCACUGUAAAAUUUUCCAUUUCCUCCAUACUUUCACCCCACUGAUUGUGUGUGGGGGUGGGGGUGGGUGAUGGGUAAGUGAAGGAUUUAGAGCCCUUAAAACUGUUAAUUACAAGAUGCAGUAUACAAUCUCCGACUAUCAGGGCUCUUUAUCAACUUAAUCCAGAACUCAGGUCCUCAAGUUGAAAGGUCACUGUGCUCCUCACUGUUCAAAAGAGAAAAUUGACAUAAAAAUACCUAAAAUUCAACUGAUAAAAUGUAAUGAGAUUUGAGUUGAUGUAUUGCUGCAAUCUGCUCUGUGGUCAGUUUCUUGUAAAACAUGUUCAGAUGAAAGCAGCUGCAGCUGCCCUCUCCACUGGUUGAUGCUGCAUCUCAGUGAAACCACAGUUCGCUGUUCACACUUACUUCACAAAGUGGUUAUUUUACUAGAUUUAAUGUCAAGUCAGAGAGGGAGAAAGAUGCAGCACAGGAACAGACCCUUUAGCAUCAAUUAGCAACUAUCCAUUUACACUUUUCUUAAAGAUAAGAGAUUCUGCAGUUGCUAUCAAUCCAGGGCAACAAACACAAACUGCUGGAGGAACUCAGCAGCAUCUAUGGAGAGGAAUAAACAGUUAAUGUUUUAGGUAGAGACCCUUCAGAAUAAAAGGAAGGCAGAAGAAAUCAGAAUAAAUAGGUGAGGGGGGAGGAAAGAAGUAGAAGCUGACAAAUGGCAGGUGAAAUUAGGUAAGGGAGAGGGGAGAAUGAAGUGACAGGCUGGGAGGUAAUAAGUGGAAGAGGUUAAGUUCUGAAGAAGGAAGAAUCUGAUAUAGUAAUCCCUCUUUUUUGGGAGAGCAGCUGCGAAACAUCUUAGGCUCCAGGGAUUUAUAUUUACGCAUAUUAAGGCAUCUAAUAUAUCCACCGUUCUAAAGUUAACAUGUUCUACAACACCCCAUUCACCAACCUGAAAUUGGCAACUACAAUCUUUCCCCUUGAUGAAUACAGACGAACAGCAGUCAUAUACACAAGAGAUUCUGCAAACACAAAACGCCGACUGUGUAUUCCUCUCUAUAGAUGCUGCCUGACCAGCUGAGUUCCUCCAGCAUUUUGUGUGCGUGAGCAGUAUUCACAGAUUUAUACAGGCCCUUCAGCCCAUGUUGCCCACCCAGCAAGCCCCAAUUUCCUGCAUUCAGUCCAUAGCCCUCCAAGCUCAACUCCUCCAUGUACAAAGCUAAGUGAUACCAUUACAGUAAAUACCUCAUGCAUGUUCUUUGGCUCCAUGUAAAGAUUGUGGAACUGGCACCACCCAAAAACUUGAUUGAUUUAUUUCUGACAUGAUUUUCAAUCCUUAUUCAGUGGUUUGAGAACAUGUACUUCUCUCAGAGCAAUAACACCUGGCCAUUACAGCCAUGUCCAUGCAAAUAAUUAUUGAAAGGAUGAGCAAUGCAUCUUAUCACACCUCAGACAAUGACCAUAAACCACCAGGUCGUCAUUAACAAACGACAGAGCCAUCAGGGUUUGGAGAGUCAGAGUGAGUUAUGGUUUGUGAAAUAGUGUGAAAGUAGUCAGGAUUUCAGGAAAUUGUUCUCAGAAUAGAGUGUCUUUGCAAUACACUGCCAAUGGACAUUGUUCCUUCUAAAUUGCGCAAGUGCCCGGCAGCACAGUAAAGCCCAAUUUAUACUUCUGCGUCAAAUGUAUGCUGUAGGUACGGCGUAGCCGUGUACCUUACACUGUACUCUACGCCAAACCCUACGCCAUAGCCUAAGGCACACCCCUCCCAAAAUGUAACUACAUGUCGUGGUGAUGCAGACCGCAACAACUGUGAUUGGUCCGCUUGGUAGCAUUGCAUUUCCUCCUACGCAUUUCCAGUUGCUUCUUCUUCUCCGCCAUUUCAGAAUCGAGAGAGAAGAAACUCUUGUUCAACGUUUAUUAGCUCCAACCCCAACAUGAUGCGCUCAGUUUCAAUCGCCAUUGUUUGAAGUACAGGAAGAAACUCAACACAGUGGCAUAGAAACCCCACCGCCAACUAGCGUUUUGGCGGUGAAUUGCAGAGCAAUCCAGACACACCAACACACAAGUAUAAAUGCUCACAAUGGCGUAGGCCACCUGCGUAGGCUAUGGCGUAGCCCGUACGCACAGCCUUUACUGAAAUGUUCCCACGCACAUAGCCUUUGUUACUGGAAUUUCUUUUUAUAUAAUGUUAAUAUGAUUUUGAAAUUUAUGUCAAUACCAUGGUGAAACACCUUGUAAUUUUGUUAAUGAAUAUAAUUUCUAAAUUUUCCAAAGAAUAAAUGAACUACAACCUUUGCUUUGAAACACUUUAGAGUUUCAAUGUAUUUACAUCAUGUUUCAAGUUAUGACACUGUUACAAAUUGUAACAAUAAACACAGUGUGGCAGGGUGGAGAUACGUCUCUACCAAAGGAGGUGUAAGGCACUCCUUCCCUCUCUACCAAAGAAGGUGAAAGGUGCUCCUUCCUUCUGCUAGCCUGCAGGUCACCCUUGGGCAGGGUGUAGAACCUGCUUAGCCCCCCCACCACCCGAUCAGGGUCAUGUGGAGCUAUGGGAGCAGUUGGUAGAUAGUCCUACGAGCAGCUGGUGCAUAUCACAAGCCUUGGCUAUGCGACCUCUAAUGCCAGCCAGAUAAUCUCUGAAGAGUAUUGAUGAUAGCUGGGGUCACCUGUCUUGUAAAGACACUGCUCAGAAGGCGGCAAUGGCAAACCACUUCUGUAGAAAAAUUUGCCAAGAACAAUCAUGGUUGUGGAAAGACCAUGAUCGCUCAUACAACACAGCACAAAACAAACGAACGACAAACACAGAAUAGAAGUCAGUAGCUCAUUCUUAAUAAACCAUUGGUCGGCUGAAUGCCAACACCGUCUAGUCAAUAUUCAUACUAUUCAUAUUACACAAAAAAAUUUAAGCUGCCGCAUCGUUUUCAAGCUGUAAAAAUUUCUUGCUUAAGAGCAAUGGACGGUCCAUGCAGCUGUAAAAAAAAAUUAAGAGGGAAUGAUUUCUUGAUUUUAAAUCUUUCUUGAUUUAAGCACAGAUUGAAUCAUGUUGAUGUAAUAAUAUCCAAUGAUCUUGUUGAGAUUAACGAUGUCAAUACAGCCAAAUGACCAUCUUCAUCGGUAACAAUUGGCCCAAGCAAUUUAUCAUCCCCUGGACAGGUUUCAAGUUUAAGUGUAUUGCCUUUCAACCGUACACACAUAUACAGCUAAACGAAACAACGAUCCUCUCCGGCCAAGUUGCAAACACAGCACAUAUAUCACAUACAACGCACAAAAUGAAAAAUAAAAUUCUGUAGAUGCCCAAGAUGACACAAAGUGUAUAUACAACAGUAUACCUGUACUGCUACUGGCGCUGUUAUAAAUAAUGUGUACUGGGUGUUCAGAAGUCUCCCAGCCUGGGGGAAGAAUCUGCAACCCGGCGCAACUUCUUUCUUCUUAUACUGCGUUCGGAUGGUAGGAGAUCAAAGUGAUUGUGGAACGGAUGGGAUGGUUCCUUGACAAUGCUAAGGGCUCUGUCAAAGGUUCAUAACGGUGAAAGUGUAAAUUUCUAGACUAAAGGUUUCUCUUUAUUUGGCCUGGAGUACGUUAAUUGGUUUUGUUCCUGUCCUAAGAAAGUUACCAGAACGCGUUCAGCCGUGAUAUCCACAUGUUGUGUGGAGCAAGUCUGUACUACAAUACCUACUGGGGGAAACUGAGCGAUGGGUUGUUAACGCCUUUCUGCUGCUUGCGGCGUUGGUGCUGCGGUCUGGAAAACAGUAAUUUUAAAUCAGAUAAUCGCAUUGUUCUUCGACUUUGCAAGGAGGCAGGAAACGUAUGCACCCCGCCUCCCCCAGAGCCUACUACAGAGAGGAUGUAACCUUCGGUAACUAGGUUACUUUGCGUGGAGGGCUGACUUGCCUGCUGCCUUCUGACUGGCCCCCGAGGCUGCUGGACAGCGGUGGUUUGCGAGCCUGUAGAGAUGCCGGUGAGAUUCAGCGACCCGAGAGACCUGAUCUCCCCUAAGGCCGUGGCCCAGCUGCUACAGAUCCUCUUCACCUGCGCGGCUCUGGGUCUGUCGAGGACAGCGGCGAGCGGCGGCUCGACCCGUGACGGGGGAUUCACCACCUUCACCUUGUUCACCUGGUGCUUCUCCUUCACCUGCACCCUCCUCGUCUUCGUGGUCGAGUUCACACAGGUGCACAGCCUCUUCCCCCUCACCUGGAAGAACCUGUCAGUGGCCGUCUCCGCCUUCGCCGGGCUCAUGAACCUGGCCACCUCGGUCAUCUACCCGCUGAUGCUGGCGAACGCCGGCGAGAGCCCGCGCUGCGCUCAGCCCGGGGCCUGGAUCCAGCCUCCGUGCGCCUACCACAUCGCCGCCAUCGUCUGCUCCUGCCUAGCCUCGGUGGCCUACGCGGCCGAGGUGCUCAUGUCCCGCAGCUCCCGCCGCAGCACCUACAUGGCGACGGGGCCCGGCCUGCUCAAGGUGCUGCAGGUGUCCAUCGCCUGCAUCCUCUCCGUUCCCCUGGCAACCGGGCACAUCCCAGCAUUCCCGGGCUUCUGGUGGGCGGUGGGCGCGCUCUGCGCUUGCGCUUCCAUAUCCUUGGUUGUCAUGGUGAUGGUGGUGGGGUGCCGGGCAUUUUGCCCGGUGCCGCUGGAGCGGCUUCUGGCGGCCUUCGGUGCCCUGGGCGUGUUGCUAAGCGGGGCCUUACUGGUGGUCUGGACCCUCGGCCUCAGCCAGCAGGAUAAUUCCAGUUCCAGCCAGACGACCUGCCGCUGGAGACUGUGCCUCUCGUCCGCCGUGCUGAUCAGCGUCAACUUCCUGGCUUAUGUGACCGACCUGGUCCACGCCGUUAGACUGAACUGUUCGAGAAACUGAGAGUCUGCAGACUCCGGCCCGCCAGCGCAGCCCGUGUCGGGCUCUCACGGUGCUCCCUCCAAAGAUGUUACCUCUUUGUGCUUGGUUCAACGGAUGGUUCUGGAAUAUAGGUGACUUCUUCUCUGGUCCUUUAAACAUGGGGCCUUUGAUGCCAGAAUUUCAUCUUCCUCUUCAGAAAAAGACCACCAUGAAAAGCUUAUCAUGUAAGGAGAUUGUAGUUGGUUGGCAAGUGAAUGAAUUCCCUGUCUAAAUCUACAGAGGCUGGACUGCACCUUUUCAGCAGCAUAUUUAUUUAAAAAGCCUCACUGAAAACUAUGAACUCUUUUUGGUUUGAAACCUAUUUGUUGAAUAUUACCCUCCUGUCAGAAUAAUAUAAAAAUGAAUCACGAUUUUUAUGGUACCUUACUAAAAUUGACCGGUGGACCGGGCCAGCAAAAUGCACGUUAUAGUCAACCUGUAUCUCACCCUCUCUUUCUUCUCGGUACUAUACUUUAACCAUGAUUUGUUGAUAGGGAAAAUAAAUCAGCCACAAUCGAGUGGUGAAGUGGGCAAAUUGGCCUACUUCUGCACCAAUGUCUUACGGUUUUAUGGACUGUAAACUGUUCAUGUUAAUGCAGAGGAGCAUUUUGAAUGUAAAUUUUUUUUACACAAUUUGUUGAGUUGAAUCCAAGGUCAGUCAACUAGCUUUUCUUUACACUAUCCACAACCUGCAGUUGUUCAGAACAAGAAUGGGGAUUUCUGUAACCAGACUUCACGCUGUGUAAUUUCCCAGAAGAGAAAAGUUUUAGUAGCACCGUCAGUGCCACUUUAUCACCCAUGAAACUGGCUUCAUUUAAACCAAGAUUUCCACCUUCGGAAAAUAAAAUUUCACCCAGCAGCUACCACUGACUCAUGAAGAUAAUUCCCCAAACUUUGCGGCUGUCAUGUCAGUGAAAGUAGCUGAUUUGUCGGUAAUAAUUUUGCAAAGUUGAAAGCAAAUUCUAUUGUGUGCACACAUGCACUUAAAUACAGAAAUAUCUUGUGCCUUCUAUGUAUUUCCGGAAAUAAUGGAUUGAAAAAUCUCAAGGUUUUAUGAGCUAUUAAAAAGUUACUUCAGGUAUGAGAGAUAUUUUAAUUCUCUACCUGUCACUGCACCUUCAAAUCAACAUUUUAUAAACUGUAUGUCUAUAGUCAUUCUUGUAUUUUUAAAUUAUUUUAUAAAGUUUAUGAUAAUUCAUUUACUACCUUAACCUUUUGUUUGAGCA